CGAGAAUGUUAUGUUUGUAAACAAUAUGGGAGAACAGUUUUAUAAUCAAGCUGAUGAAUACUUAUUUUUGAAAUCAUGAACGAUCAUCCUGUUAUAAAAUUACUUGGGGAUACAUUAUUAACACAAAGUGGCUCCAUACAUACGAAUACAAUUAUUGAAGAAGGAAAAUAUCUAGGAUUAUAUUAUUCGGCACAAUGGUGCCCUUCUUGUAUUGCAUUUACACCAGAACUGAUACAAUUUUAUAAGCAGUUUAAUAACUCAAACCGAAAAGAAAAAUUUGAAAUCAUUUAUAUAAGUUCUGAUUAUGGCGAAAAACAAUUUAAUGAACAGUUUUCCGCCAUGCCAUGGCUUGCACUGCCUUUUGCUGACAGAAAUCGUCAGAUGGAACUUGCAAGACAUUUUCGUGUCCAGAGUAUACCAGCUUUAGUAAUUAUCGAUUCACAAUCUGCAGAGUUAAUAACUUCAUGUGGUCGGGGCUGUGUUGUGGAUGAUCCAGUUGGCUUAUGCUUUCCAUGGCCUAUGAGAGACCCAACUGAAGUUCUGAAAGAGACCACCUUUAUUUCUCCUAGAGGGGACAAAGUGUCUUAUGAAUCCAUUUCAUCUCACAUUAAAGGCCUUUAUUUUUCUGCUCACUGGUGUCCACCAUGUAAAGCAUUUACUCCCUUAUUGAUCAAACUUUAUAAAAAGGUGCAAAAAUCAGGAAAAAAAUUUGAAAUUAUAUUUAUUAGCUCUGAUCGUAGUGAAGAAUCAUUUGUAAAAUAUUUUUCUACCAUGCCUUGGCUAGCAGUGCCUUAUUCAGAGGAGAAAACAAGAAAAAGCCUACCUCAUUUAUAUGGUGUUGGAGGUAUACCUUGCUUGAUAAUUUUAGAUGAAAACAACUCUGUUAUCACUAAAGAAGGUAGAAUGGAAGUAAAUGAAGAUCCAGAGGGUGAAGAAUUUCCUUGGCGACCAAAACUUGUUGAUGAACUUGGCUCUAAACAUAUUUCAAAGCUGAAUGAAGAACCUUGUUUAAUUUAUUUCACAAUUUGUGAAGAUAAGGAACUAGAAUUAGCACACUAUGCUCUUCUGCCUGUUGCCGAAGAAUACCAAGCAAGAAUAAAACGAGCAUCAGCCGAAGAAACAAAAAUUCCUAAGUUAAACUUUUUUUAUGCUGGAGAUGCGGACAUUUGUGAUUCAGUGCGGGACAUCAUUGGGUUUGGAGAUCAUUUUCCUUUGUUAGUUAUUCUGGAUAUACCAAAUGGAAAGAAAUACAUUCAUGAGCGAACUGAAAAUAUAACCUCUGAUAUGAUAGGAAAAUUUGUCCGUGAUUAUCUAUCUCAGAAAUUAAAGCCCAUUACUAUUGAGGAUUGAAAUUUUUAUCAAAAUUUAACGCAUUGCAUUUAGUUUGUAUUUGGGCAUUGUAUUUAUAUAAAAUAUCAGUUUAGAUAUACAUAUGAAGCAUGCAAUAUUAAGAUGUUCGUUAAAUGUGAUCAAAACAUUUGUUUCUUAUCAUCGGGUUAUAAUUUUCAUUUUUAUGACAGAAUCUUUAUAGUUUGAAUUAGAAGGGAAGAGCCAAAUUGUGUAAAAUUAUGCAGUUAGAAACCAUCAAAAUUAUAGUUUUGAGAUACAAUCUAUGCAUUAGUAGAAUGGUAAACUCAUAGUAAUUUGUUAGGUAUCAAAUCAAUACAUUAUCAAAUUAAUGUCAUAUUAUGGUAAAAAGUGUUACAUGUGGGAAGCAUAUUUAAAAUGACUUAUUUAAUAGCAAGAUCUACAUUUAUUGCACAAAAAUAUUACCAAUUAUAAAAGUUAUACAGAAUGUUAUAUAUAAUAAAUCAUUAUAGUAAAAUUUAAAAUUUAAGUGACCAACUAUUGUUUACAUUGUGCCGAGAUUACUGAUGUUUGUAUAUAGUUACUUAUUUUUCCUUUAACGCUACGAAAAAUACUACUUGUCCUAUUAGUAAAAAUGCCAGACUAUUGAAUAGUUAACUAGUGAAAUACUUGAUAAUAGAGUAAUUUGUUAUAUGUUUUACAUAUUGUGAAGUUUGCUCAAAUUUUUAUAAAAAAUUACCUACAUUCAGAUAGUUUACAAUAGUGAAUUCAAAAUUGAUAGAUGGUUUCUAAUUGCAUAAAUAUGACCACUUAUUUAAACUAUUCAUGUUUCAGUAUACAAAUAUGUUUGGGAUCCAAAAUUGAACAGAUGCAAAUUGGAAAUAUUUUUGACUUGCAAAUUAUUGAGGUUUUAUUGACAAUGGUCUGAAAGAAAGUAAACAUUUUAAUUCUGUAUCUGGAAUGGUUAAUGUGAUAGUUAUUUAGCAAUAAUAUUUAAACUAUUUUGAAAUGUUUUGUUCCUGCUUCUAGUCUGCAACUUUUUUCUUGAAUUUUUUAAAGCUUUUUUUUUUUUAAAAUUUUUAUUUGUACAUGAAAUUUUUUCAUAUUCUGUAUUUAUUUUUAUAUGUAAUUAUUUUAUACAUUAGACUUCAGUGAAGUCACUGUUAUGAUUGUCAUGACUGAUUUUACCAAUCUUGAUCUCUUUAUAUCGAUUAUUUAUGCCACUCUUUUUAAUAUUUAUAUAUAUUUGUUGAAUUCGUCCUUCUAGUCAUGAUUUUAUAUUGCUUAAAUUUGUGUUUGUUCUUUUUGCUUACGCAAUAUUUUGUUUAUGUAUGCAUUAUAAAUGCAUUUCGGAGAUAAUGUUUCUUAAUUGUGUUUAUUUAAGUUAGAUUUUAAUGCAGUGUAUUGAAAGAUUAAUAUUAUGUUACAAAUUAAUAUACUGUUGCUUUGUUGAUUGACUUAGUAAGAUUAAAUAAUCAAAAAUUUUAUUUUUUAACAAAAACGGCUUUGGCUAUCAUAAAAAAUCUGACAAUCUCCAUUUAUAUUCAAUAUCAUGUAGUUUUUAAUCUCAUGUAUAUAAGAAAUUAAUAAUGUAUCCAUAUCUACUGCAUAAAUGAAAAAGGGCUGAUUAUUUAAACUGAAAGAAGUAAUGUAGCUGCAAAACUGAAAUGUAAAAAUGUGGAGAUAUACUCCCAAAAUAUGAAAUAUGAACUAGUAGUUAAUAUUUAUAUAUUUAUACAAGUCACAUGAACCAUAGUUGAUAUUUAUUAUAGAAAUUCAUAAAGAAAAAUAUAUGAAAUACAAGAAUUGCUAUCAUCAGCAUUAAACCUGAAGUUAAAAGUACCUUUUGAAGCACUGUUUUACAUUUAGUCUAAUGAUGUGAAGUUAAAUAUUAUUAAAUAACAAUUUUGAAAAUAUUAGAAAAUUAUCAAAUGUUCUAAUAUUUUCUGUUAUUUAUAUUUAUAAAAAUUACUCAUUACUUAACCAUCCAUUUGAUUACCCUGCUAUUUAAUGAAUAAUUAGCCUAUUUUCUGCUCCAUCCCUCGAUUUUCAUAGAUUAAACUUGUUCAUCAUUUAUUUUUGCAGAUUUGACUUGUAUCAUAUUGUUAUCAAGUAGCACAUAAUAAUAAUGCACUUCAUUUAUGAAAUAUCUGUACUUAUUUGUAAACUGUACAUUUAAAUGGUGAUUUUAAAAAUGUCAGAAGGUUAAUUAAUAUAUAAUUCAUUUACUAUUUAAUCAUAUUCUUUGACAAAAUAUAUUUUGCAAGCUGUGAAAAAAUAUGGUAUUUUUUCUUUUCAUCUUUUUUUAUUUUUUAAAAUGAGAUCUG